AUGAAGUUACGUGAAAUUUUGAAAUUAAUUGUUGCAUUAUCACUAAUCGGUGAGACAGACUUUGGUGUUCAAAAAGAUGAAAUGAGUAAUAUUGAAAACUUAAAAGAAAGAGAAGAUGAAAAUCAAUCAACUGAUCAAAGUGGUGAUGAUGGUGAAGAGAGUAGUUUUGAGGAUGAAAACUAUGAUGAUGAGUCAACAACCAAAGAAUUGAAGUAUGAUGUAUAUCAAGAAACUCAAGAACAAGAUGUUAAUAAAGAUGAAGAUAUUGAAAAUAAAGCCACAUCAAAAGAUGAUUUCGUUAAAACAAAAAAACAGCAAGUACAAAAGAAAUUUGAAAGAUCAAUCACACCAUUCAAAAUGCUAAUCGACCUUGUUUAUGGUCCUAAUGUACUAAACUGCUAUCCAAACCAAGAAAUAAUAUUUGAACUACCUAGUCAAUUAAAGGGACAAUUUCCAAACUUUAGAGAUGGUCAAUCUGUGAUACCUGAUUUAACUUUUAGUGUUGUUAACUCAUCAGGUAAAGAACAAUUAUACCCUCUAGAAAUCAAGCUACCAUCAAUAAAAAAUUUGACUGAAGAAAUUGAAAAUAAUGAUAAGAUUUCAUUUCAAAACCAAGGUAUUUGGAAAAAAGCUAUAAUGGAAAUGCUUGCCUGUGGCUCAGAAAUUUUAUUUAUCUCUGACUAUAAUCAGACUAUUAUGUUACAUUAUCAAAAGAAUGGUGAUAAAGGAACAGAGAUCAUUGAACAAACCAAUGGUGUUUCUAUUGCAGAAAUUCCAUUUCAAAUUUUAUUGAUUGAUAAUACAUACCAGCCAACUAUAAAGCGUGCUGCAAAUAUGAAUAUAGAACAAAAGAUUACUCUUGAAAUGAUUAUGCUAAUACUCUUGAGAACACCUUUCAAAUCAUCCGGUGAUUCCAGGAAACUUUUAAGAAAAGUUUUGUAUGAACCUAGGAGGGUUCAAGAACAGCACAUAAAUUUUCUUAAAGCUGUUCAUAAAAACAAUUCUUCUUCUUUUUCAUCUGAUAAUAGUUUGGUCCCAUCUGGUGAUAUCAAAUCUUACAACUGUGAAUUACCAUAUGAAGAUAUUUUAUCAAGUUCUAAAAAUGGUGAUGAAUAUAGUCCAUCAGUUGUUUUAUUAUUCCAAAAAUCUACACUUGAACAAUUAAAUAUAUUGAAUAUAAAUAAAGAAUCAAAUGAUGAGCUAGUGGUAUUAAAGAUUUUUGAUGUUGAAUGGUCCCAAAUCCAAUUUAAUCAAAGAUAUAGUUGGGUUUAUGAUGGAAAUUUUGAAAAUUAUUAUUCAAAAUAUAUUUAUAAUGAUAAAUAUUUGAAAGAACUGAGAAUAAUGAAACGUUUCCAGGAUUACAAUGAUUCAAUUAAUAAUGAUGAUGAUAAAAUAAACACCCCAAGUUUAUUAGGUUUUGGAAUGCUUACAAGUUUUGGAUAUAAUGGUCCAUUUAUCAUAGAGAGCUAUGUUGAUUGUAUCCAGAAUAAACCUUCAAAAGAGGAUCAUAUCAAAUUGGGUGUUGAACAAUACAAUAGAUUAUUAGGAAUUGGUAUUAAUCAGAAUGAUAUUGCAGAAAGGAGCAUUGGAUUUGAUGAAACAAACUAG